AUGACGGCCUCCGGAGCCGACGAGAAACACACUGAGUCGCCCAAAAGCCCCAGACAUGAUCAAAACCCAGCCCAGCAGCGACACUCGGUCGACAGCCUAUCUAUCCACAGCCAGGCCUCGCAUGGCAGUCAGCAGGAUGAAAAGCCAUCACGUCGGGCAUCGGAAAAACCAGAUGUGUAUGGGGCCGACGCUGAACAGCCUGGAGCUGGGGUGACAUCGCCCAUUCGAGACAGGUCGCGAGCCGCCUCAACUCGCUCACGCCCCAUAUCCGUCGUGCCGGCCUCGAGGCGUAGAGGCUUCCUCGGCCGGCUCACGCUGAUUCCCGAGCUGGAGCGACCACAGGAGUAUUCGAACAAGACAAAAUGGUGCAUCACUGCCGUGGUCGCUCUGGCAGGCAGCGCUAGCCCGCUCGGCUCGGCCAUUUUCUACCCUGCCCUGCCGCAGAUGGCCAUUGACCUCAACACGAGCACGACAAAGGUCAACUUGUCAGUCUCCCUCUACAUGCUGGCUAUGGCCAUAUUCCCUCUCUGGUGGUCGUCAUUUUCCGAGGUCAUGGGGAGGCGCAACAUUUUGCUCGUCUCCUUUGCCCUGUUUGUCGUAUUUUCUGUCUUGAGCGCCAUCAGCACCAAUGUCGACAUGCUCGUCGUCAUGCGAUUCUUUGGCGGCGGUGCAAGCGCCAGCGUGCAAGCCGUCGGCGCUGGAACCAUUGCCGAUAUCUGGGAGCCUCGCGAACGAGGACGUGCCAUGAGACAGCUCCUCGGACCUAUCUUGGGUGGCGUCCUAUCCGAGGCCUUCGGCUGGCAAUCGACCAUGUGGUUCCUGACCAUAUACGGCGCAAUCGUCCUGGUCUGCCUCUUCUUUUGCUUGCCCGAGACUCUUCCAAGGCGCAAACCUGCCGUCCCUCCGGCUGCUGUCCGGGAAACAGCUGGUGGCAGCAGCAGUCCUGCGCUGUCUCGCACACGGACGACCGAGUCGAUCAAGCAAAACACCAAGAAGGCAACGGCACUGUUCAGGAAGCUCAUCGUCGAUCCUUUAUCCGUGCUCACGUAUCUGCGCUUCCCGGCCGUCGCCAUCACAGUCUACUACGCCGCCAUCACCUUCGGCUCGCUCUUUGCCCUCAACAUCUCCGUCCAGGCCGCAUACUCGACUGACCCCUACAACUUUAACCAGUCCAUUCUCGGUCUGAUCUACAUUGCCAAUGGCGCAGGCUACAUUAUGAGUUCUCUGCUCGGCGGCCGCUGGCUCGACCAUAUCAUGACACGCCAAGCGCAAAAGGCAGGCCGUUACGACACGGACGGUAAACUCAUCCUCCUUCCCGAGGACAGGAUGCGGGAGAACAUGUGGAUCGCCGGCACGGUCUAUCCCGCCAGUCUGUUGCUCUACGGCUGGACGAUCCAGUACGGCGUCUUUUGGUUCCUUCCCCUCACCUUCCUCUUCACAUUUGGCGCCGCCUCCAUGCUGGUGUUUGCUGCCGCCACGACCAUGCUGACCGAGUUUAUGCCAAAGCGCAGUUCUGGCGGCGUCGCCGUGAACAACUUUGUGCGCAACAUCUUCUCGUGCGUCGGCGCCUUGGCCGCGCAGCCCGUCAUUGACGGCAUUGGCCACGGCUGGCUUCUGACGAUCUUGGGAGUCUUCACGUGGGUGACGGGGUAUUUCUGCAUCUGGAUCUUGAGGAAGAAAGCGCCCGUGUGGAGGACCAGCAUGGACAAGGCGUUGAACUCAUAG